UGAAAACGUUUACACCUUUAAAAUUUACAUCAGAGGACGUCACGAAAAUCGUAAAACGGUUCCCGUUAUAUCGGCCGAUCCUACUAUUUUAAUAUACGUCACUGUUCCUCCGACGUUUCCAGACAAAGAGAGCGAGAGAGUCAGUCUGCCUCUUCAUUGAUCGGUUUCUCUUUCGCUCUCUCCCGCUCGCUCUUACAGGUCGAUGACAGUUAGGGGUCACCUUCAGGAGCCCCUAUAAGCAGGAGCGUGUAGGUGCACAUUGUCACUACGACGAGGAGUUCGCGUUUGCCGCCUUUUAUUAUUUAUUUAUUUAUCUCAUGUGAUUUUAUGUGUCGCGUGUUUUUUUAAAGUGUAUCAAGAAUCAAUAGGAUGAAAGUUGAAAAAGAAGUUGAAUCAAAUGGGGGUUUUCGUCAAGGAAAAGUCCUAACGAGAUACGUCAUAUGCAUUUUAGGGUCAAUCGGACUGGGCAUCGCUUACGGGCUCAAAGUUAAUUUCCAUGUAGCGAUAGUCAGUAUGGUAAAUCAUACAGCUGUAAAUGCAGAAAGUCAAGCUGAGAUCUCUGAGGACGGGCCAUUUAUAUGGGACAAAUUUGUACAAGGCCUUCUACUAAGUUCAUACUUUUGGGGGUACAUCGUGGCCGAGUUGCCCGGGGGCCAAUUGGCCGAAAAUUUCAGCGCCAAGUGGGUCAUGUUUUUCGCCAUCGCCAGUAACGUCGCGGGCGCCCUUUUCACCCCUCUGGGCGCUAAAUUGCACUACUCAGUGUUAAUCGUUUUGCGAGUUAUUCAAGGCAUCGGUGGCGGAGUAACAUUUCCUGGAAUGCACUGCGUUUUGGCUCAUUGGGCGCCGCCGAAUGAAAGAAGUGUCAUGAGUACCAUUGUGUAUGCCGGUACUGCUUUAGGGACUGUUACAAUGAUGCUUUUGUCAGGCUUGAUAGCAACUAAUUUGGGUUGGGAAUAUGUGUUCUACAUUGAAGGAGGUGUCUGCGCCAUUUGGUUACCUCUAUGGUUUGUCUUAGCAGCGGAUUCUCCGGUGUCCCAGCGAUUUAUUAGUCUAGAGGAGAGGAAGUUUAUCGUCACUUCUUUGGAUGAUGGAAAGGAGCAUAAACACCUAAAAAUGCCAUGGAAAGCCGCGAUGUUGUCGCCAUCGUUCCUCGCCAUUCUGGUGGCGCACACCUGCAGCAACUGGGGCUGGUACAUGGUACUGGUUGAGCUGCCUCUCUAUAUGAAAACCGUAUUGAAGUUCAGUAUGGCCAAUAACGCUUUUUUGACGGCUCUACCUUUUUUGACUAUGUGGUUCUUUUCUAUGGCGUUCAGUAAACUUAUGGACCACUUAAGAACCACAGGGAAAAUAACAACGACCACGGCACGAAAAAUAGCGACGGGGGUGGCGAGUUUAGGCCCGAUGAUUUGCUUCAUUUGUCUCGGUUAUUUCGAGGAUAAAACGGCCGGCGUGACGUUGAUGACGUUGGCGGUGACGUUCAUCGGCGCGAUGUUUUGCGGGUUCCUCUCGAACCACAUCGACAUUUCGCCAAAUUUUGCCGGAACCCUCGUUGCCGUCACGAACACCGUAGCAACGAUCCCGGGCAUCGCUGUACCGUUUGUCGUUAGCGCCUUAACCGAACACGACGAAUCUUUAGCCUCCUGGAGAAUACUAUUCUGGAUUACGGUGACCUUGUACGCAAUAGAAUUUAUUGUAUUUGUAAUAUGGGGCUCUGGAGAGGAGCAACCGUGGAACAAUCCCUCGUCAUCGAAAAAGCUUGGGGAAAAUGAACCCCUUAAACCCGCCAGCUUGCAGCCAACUAAAUAAACUUAGAUCUCAUUUUAUUUGUCAAUGACUAUACUGCAAUUGUUGUGUUAUCUUUUUUAGAGUUUAAAUAAACCUCUUAAAGAAUGCUUUAAAAUAUACAUAAAACAUAUUUUUUAACAUUUUCCAAGCAUUUAUGUCAAAAUAACCCAACUUUGCAUUGCCAUAGAUUAAAAUUAGCUUUAAAUUUAA